ACAACUGACACAUCCUUCGUUACCGCGUAAAUUAACGGAACACAAAACUAGUCAGCAAUGUUCCUUUCUUCUGAAACCCAAAAGCACCACCAUUGACUACUACUUCUUCUUCUCCUUCUUCUCCUUCUUCUUCUCCUUCUUCUCUAUUGAAAUUAAAUAAAUAAAUAAAAAAGAAAAAAAAUGGGGUCUCUGCCUGCAUUUCCAGAAGCCAAACAGGGCGUUAGGGACGAUUGCAUUGACGAAAUCACCCUCACGGAUCUCUUCAAGGAGCAGCAGAGGCACCUCAACUUCUUCUUCGACCGCAUGGAUCACUCUCAAACCCUAUCCUUCACACGCGCCCUCCUACGCGCCACCGGCACCAUCUUCUUCACCGGCGUCGGAAAAUCUGGCUUCGUCGCCAACAAGAUCUCGCAGACGCUCGUCUCCAUCCUCGUCCUCCUAAGCAAGUCCGGCGCCACCGACGAGCUCCUCCGCCUCGUCCCCUGCGCCAGGGCGAAAGGCGCCCGCCUCAUUGCCGUCACGUCCGUUCAAGGAUGCGCGCUUGAGGCCGUGUGCGACAUGAAUGUGCAUCUGCCGUUGGAAAGAGAGCUCUGCCCCUUCAACCUCGCGCCGGUCACCUCUACCGCGAUUCAAAUGGUGUUCGGCGACACCGUCGCGAUCGCGUUGAUGGGAGCAAGGAACCUCAGCAAGGAGGAGUACGCCGGGAACCACCCCGCCGGAAAGAUCGGCAAGAGCCUUAUCUUCAAGGUGAAAGAUCUCAUGAAGAAGGAGGAUGAGCUUCCCAUUUGCAAGGAAUCGGAUUUGAUUAUGGAUCAACUUGUGGAGCUGACUAGCAAAGGAUGUGGAUGCCUAUUUGUUGUAGAUGAUGGCCGUCAUCUGAUUGGAACAUUUACGGACGGAGAUCUUCGCCGUACUCUCAAAGCUAGUGGGCAGGGCAUCUUCAAAUUGACUGUGGGAGAAAUGUGCAACAGGAAACCAAGAAUUAUAGGUCCAGAAGCUAUGGCAGUGGAGGCCAUGAAGAAGAUGGAAGCUCCUCCAUCACCAGUCCAGUUUUUGCCUGUGAUAAAUGAUGACAAUGUUGUGAUUGGGAUUAUCACGUUGCAUGGUUUGGUUUCAGCUGGAUUGUGAUUAUUAUGUCACGCUAUUCUAGAGCCUUUCUCAAUUUGUUUCAUUGAAUCAUUCUUUCUUCCUAUCAACAACUGAAUCCACCCAGGUUCAAGUGGGGUCAGGGAUUCUUCUGUCAUUGUAUCAUCUUAGGAUUCAGAGAAUUCUCUUUCCAUUUUUUUCUUUUUUUUUUUCCGGCUUCUCUUUUUAGUCCAAAAAAGGAUCCGUGUCCUUUGAUGCAUUGUCACAUCUACCGACAUCACUGGCCCGAUUUGUAGCUGUUUCUGUGCAUCAAUUAUGAAUGAUCUGUCCGGAAGUAACAUAUUGCUGUAGCUGAUGUCAACAUGAUAUUUGAGUCCUUAUUGUUGUA